AUGGGAGAUGUUGCAGUCAUAGAGAAAAUCCUUCGCUCAAUGAUUUCCAAAUUUGAUUAUGUGGUGUGUUCCAUUGAAGAAUCAAAUGACAUUGAUAGUCUUUCAACUGAUGAGUUGCAGAGUUCAUUGCUGGUACAUGAGCAGAGGAUGAAUAGUCAUGCUGUAGAGGAGCUAGCCUUGAAAGGUACCAUUGGUGGAGAAACAUCCACUAGGAGAGGCAGAGGACGUGGUGGAUUUCAAGGAAGAGGAAGAGGUAGAUGA